AUGAUAUAAGUUCUUGAUCAGAAUGAUAGAGAAAUCUACAAAUAUCGAUUGUUACAAGGAGAAAAUAGGUUUGGAAGUGAUCCAAAACAAUGUAAAUACCUAAUCCGAAAUGUUCAAGGUGUUCUAUUCUCUGUCGCUUUACUUAAUAACGAUGUGUACUUCACCCAUUUCAGUAAUACAGAUUAAGUUUUGAAAGAAUCAACCUUGAAAUAAGAUUAAAAAGUAGAGAUUCCCAAAAACUUCAUAAUUGAGAUGGUCCCACUCAGAAAUUAUUAUUUUUAAAACUUUAAGUUCAAAUUACUUAACUCCAUCGAAACAAUUUAGUAAAAUAUCUAAUGCACAUUACAAACAACUUAAAUCUUAGAGGAUUUUAGUGGUACAAUGGCAUUAGAUGAUAUCCUGGAUAUUCCGUAAUAAGUUGCCCCUAAGGUUUAAACCACUUAAUAAAUAUCCACCACUUAAGUACUUAGUUCCUAAGACCCAGUCGUAACUUCUACUUUAAUUUUAGAUGAGGUAGAUUAAUCGACAUUAUCAAGCUUAAAUGAAUUAAUUUCAUAGUAUUCAGGAAUAAAUUCUAUGGUGAAAUCAAAUCACCUUUCCACUAAUGACGCAUAAACCUAAACAGAAAUCAUAGAGGCAGAACCUUAAUUACAGAAAACUCGAACCUUAUUUAGUGAUCUUUUUAAAACUAAAAGACAAACUUCUUAAAUCUCAUAGUAGAUUUAUUAACAUCCUUAAUAGCCUACACUUAUUGACUAAACAAUGAUUGAUUCUCAAAUGUAAAGUAUUGAUCAAAAUUAAAAUCAUGACUCCUAAUUUGUGAACAAGAAAGCCGAAAUUAAAGGUACUAUGAUUGACGAUGAUUUAAAUAAAGCAUUUUCUUCAUCACAAAAUAAAAGUGUUGAUAAGUUAGAAUAAUCUUAAAUCAAACGUUUUAAUAGUAUUCAAUCAGAUAAUGUAUAAAUAACAUAGUCUAAAUAAGAAAAUAAUAAUUCAAAAAUUGAACUAAAUGAUCUAUUUGGUAGUUUACCUGAAAUGCCAAAUUAAUAAAUUUAACAACAAUAAACAAUUAAAAAGUUUCCCUAACCUAAGUCAAACAUUUUAAAUACUCGAUAUGAUGAUUCUUAAGAUGAUAAAAAUAAUUAAUAAUAAGAUUAAACUCCUAUUAAAGUUAAAAAUUAAAAAUUAAAAUAAACAUCUUCCAUUGAGAAAUAAGGAAAAAAGCAAACCAAAGGGGAUUUGAAGAAAGUGGCAUUGCUCAAAAAAAUAACAGAUGAAAUUUCUGAUGAAACCUCAGAAGAAUCGAAUUAAUCAAAAUAGUAGAUAAGACAUACUAAUUCUAUUGAAUUGCCUGCUACUAAAAUAUUUUAGUAAAAUGAUUCUAAAAAUAAUAAAAAGUUAGGAAAUAAAAAAAACCAAUAAAAGAAAGUUAAAAAUGUUCAAUUAAUAGCCUUUAGUGGAUUUUAGCCCAAUGAAAUACCACAAGCAAAUGAUUUAAAAAAACUAGGUUUAGAAAUAGUGAACAAUCAAUUAGAGAAAUUUGAUUUGUUAGUUUUGAACAAUCCUCCUAAAAGAACAUUCAAAUUUCUAAGUGCCUUGCUGCUUGGGGCUGAAAUAGUAACACUGGAUUGGUUGACUAACUCACUUAAAUAAGGAAAGGCUAUUUAAAAGUUCCAUGAUUAUGUUCCCAAUAGUGAUGAAUUUUAAAACUCUUUCGGAUUAAGCAUUGAACAAAUUGUUCAAAGCAGGGAUACUUAUUUUGAAACUAACAAGAAUCUAGUAAAAAUCUUUGAUGGGAAAUAUCAUGUUAAAGCAGAUGUAACACCAUCAAAAGCUGAAAUUGAGUAUCUUAUAAAAUUAGGAGGUGGAGAGGUACUACAGAAACCUGGGAGAAAUGUCAUAACCAUAUGUGAUACCAAAGUAGGCAAUUCAAUGCCAUCAGAUUUCAUAUUAGAUGGAUGCAUGUUUCAAUCAUGA